CACGGUAGUAGUAAUCAUAAUAACAGUGGUCGCUAACGAUGGGUAGAAAAUUGGCGCACCAUCUGGUGCUUGUUGGCGCGCUGCUUGUGCUAGCUGUCGAAAGUUUCUCGCAGGCAUUACAAGAAGCCGAUGAUUAUACCGGUGGUGGUGACCAACCUCACCAUCUGAGAAGUCAGCACCAGAAUCUCCCACAUCACCACAACCAACAUCACCACAGGCAUCGAACCGAGCCGAGCAGGAGCCGGAACCAGACGUCCUUAAACUAUUCGCUUGUAAGUGGCCCCGGGUACGGUAUUGGCGGUAGUACCGAUUAUCGGCCACCGUACCAACAUCAGGGGACAGUGCAGCAACAUUGGCCACACGGUCAGCAGCACGGUGGACAUCGAGAGACGCCACCACAGCAUCGUCGCCAUCACCGUGGCCAGUCACAUCCUCAGCAGCAGCCGGUGGGAAAUGGAUGGCGCAGAACUGCUUCGAAUGGAAGUGUACCCGGAGCACGUCCGGUCAAUCGGAUGCUAACACGAAGUGGUACCAGUUCAUUCGGAGCCACGCGCCACACCAACAGUACCAGAAACAGAAACGUGUGCACCGUGUACAUCUAUCGGAAGGCGGUGGUAAAGACGUACCCCAACGCACCCUGCACUGAUCCGGCCAACUGCUCUGGAUUACGAACGUACCCGGUAGCGAAACGGGAAACGUGUUGCCGUGGCUGGGACACAACGACUACCGUGGCCGAUGGAUGCUUUAAGCCGGUUUGUCAAACGCCCUGUCGUAAUGGUGGCCAAUGUACUGCACCGGAUCGUUGCACCUGUCCGGCAGGCUUUACCGGCAAGUACUGCGAGAUGGAUGUGAACGAGUGUAAGGAGCAUAAACCCUGUGAUCAGACGUGCUACAAUACGGAAGGUUCGUACUAUUGCACGUGCCGCGAAGGCUUUAUGCUGCAGAGCGAUCGGCAAAGUUGCAAAAAGAUCGAUGAAGCGAACGACCUCGCGACGGAGGCGCGAGAUAUGGAGAACGAUCUGGAGGUCGAUUACGACAGUCUAGACAUUCGGUUAAGGAAGCUAGAACAGCUGGUUGCAGCGCGCGACGAUCGACAGGAGCUUAGCAAAAAGGUCCAGUACGCGAUGGAAGCCCUUUCGGUGCUCAAAACACAGGUGGCACGAUUGAGCCAACGAUUAUUUCCCUCGGUGGACUACGGCAAUCGAGUGCACUGA